AUGAACUCAUCGACCGAUGCAGCAUUGACGGAGUUAAAUGCAUGUCGAAAAAUGGAUGUCUCUCCAAGACACAAUCAUGAAGAAAGUGCUGACAUAUCUACUGAAUUAUCACAAAGUGACGAUGGGACCUCGCGUCAAGAAAGUAAUACAAGCUCAGCAAGUAGUAGGCAGAGUACGCGCCGCCGACAACCAAAUAGUCGAUACAGUGAUUUUGCUUUACAGUCAACAAUUAAUACAUGUACAAAAUCAAAAGAACCAGUUCCCAUCUUUAAAAAACGUAUUCCGAGGAAUAGCACUCAUGCGAAGUCACAAGUAGAUACGUAUCCACACACAAAUAAUUUAUUAGGAUUAGUGUACGGUGGCCAAGAUGAGGUAUCACAAAAUGUCUAUAUGAAAAUACUUAUGCCAUCCGCAAUACAUGUCCGUAAGAUUGUGGACUAUUUUUAA